CACAUUCGCAGAAAACACUGCAACAUUUGAGCUUCUUCCGUAUACUGAUUUGAUUUCUGUGGGGGAGCAACUAGGGUUAGGGUUUUGGUGUUUUUCUGAAGACUAACAUCGAAAAUGUUCAACGGUGAUCCUUCACCUCCACUCUCAACAGAGAUGAUCCAAAAGUACUUGGAGGAGAAUAAGGAGCUGAUAAUGGCAACAAUGGAUGGUCAAAAUCAGGGGAAGUUUGCUGAAGCUUCCCAAUGUCUAGCGAAGCUUCAGCACAACUUGACAUAUCUAGCCAAACUUGCAGAUGCUGCACCUCAGCCUCAGCCUCUGCCACAAUCGCAGUCACAAUUACAGCCGCAACCCCAGAUGCACCCUCAGGAGCAAGGGCAAGGGCAAGGCAUGCAGCAUCCUCAUGUAGCAACGUCUCAGCAGCAAGAUCUUUCUACCUUAAACUUGCGUUUUGAUAUGAAUGACAAUCAUCUUCAGCAGCAGCAACAUCAUAUGGCAAUGUCUCAACAACAACAGCAGCACGACCUUUCAACAUCAAAAUUGGCUUUUCAGAUGAGCGAGCAGCAGCAGCACAAGAUCCCAGCAUUCUUCCAGCAACAGCAACAGCAACAACUCAUGUUUGGAGGAAGCAGCAACAGUGGGUAUUAUCAGGCCCAAACCAGACUGAAUAACCUCUCAGAUAUGCCGGAAACCAACCAUAUUGCCUCAUCAGAUCUUAGUCCUGUUUGGUCACUAGCCAAGUCACCAUCUGGAUCCACUGCUGGAAAUACUAGAUCAUAAAAAUGUAUCAUAUUUACUCUUGAACACCAACCUAGAAUAGUUU